AUGUUCGAAUUUCUCAAAAGUCAUAUGGAAAAUAUUUUCCAAGCAAUUCAUGCCUUCGAAUCUUCUGUUGGUUGCUUCGUGAAUGCAUUGUUAAUUUAUGUUGUUUUAACUAAAAGUCCCAAGCAAAUUCAAGGAUAUGGUUUACUAAUAAUCAAUUUUGCCGUCACUGAUUUCUUGAUUUGUGUCUUGAAUUAUAUGUUAAUGCAAAGAUUAAUAAUCUGUGGAUUCGCAGUUAUUUAUAUUUCAAUGGGGCCUUGUUCUAAAAUAUCUACCCAACUUUGCUUCACUAUAUAUGUAACGAAACUUCAUUUAUACACUCAUUCGAUUUGGCUUCUUUUAAUUUCUUUUUUAUAUCGUUAUUAUGUUAUGAUCAGAUCGGAACUUUCGAAAUAUAAAAUUCAGUUUAUAAUAUUUCUCUUUUAUCUGCCCUCUCUUCUUUCAAUGGGAAAUAUUUUCAUUUCUGAUGGAAGUGAAAAAGAGGCUCGAGAAGUCUUAACAGAAUGUCAUCCCGACUAUAACAUAACAAAUCGAGCUGUCACUGGAAAUAUUUCAUAUCUAGAUGUUGGUGCUAUCUAUGUUGUUAUUCAUAUUGUUGGCAUGAGUAUACCUAUAGCAAUUAUGAUUUGGAUAAUGCGAAGAAAAAUAAUUGCCAAACUUGGUUCAAAUGCAAGUUCCGAAAGAUCAAAACGUUUGCAAUUACAACUUCUCAAGGUUUGUUACUCGAAUUUAAUUCCGAACUCUGAUCGAAAAUUUGCAGGCUUUAACAUUCCAAUCAUGUAUUCCAAUUUUCUAUGUUCUCGGUAGUUCUGGUUUUGCUGUCCAACAAUUCAAUAUAAUCAACAACGCAGCUCCACAAUACAUUAUGUACUGUGUUUUCAUUUUGGUUCCUGUUCUCAAUCCAUUUUCUUCAUUCAUUUUCAUCACACCAUAUCGAAAAUAUGUCAUAUCACUCUUCGAUCGAAAAUCUUACAAGAUCUCAGUGACUCAAACUACGACACAGCUCAAUUCUUCAGCUAUAAAUCAAAGCCAAAGUCUGAGCAAACAUUGA